UAAAUUACAAAAAGAAAGGGCAAUUCCGUCAAAAUCAAAUAAACAAUUUCACCUAUAUAAACCCCGUAACCCUUCUUUUUUAUCACUACUGCUACUAUUUUCAUUCUCUUCCUUGCUGCUAGGGUUUUACCGCAACUUUCUCCUUCAAGAUCUUUUGUGAAUUCAAGCGUCAGGACUAAUGGGAAAAGAGAAGGUUCACAUUAACAUUGUUGUCAUUGGCCAUGUUGACUCUGGCAAGUCGACUACCACUGGUCACUUGAUCUACAAGCUUGGAGGUAUUGAUAAGCGUGUCAUUGAGAGGUUUGAGAAAGAAGCUGCUGAGAUGAACAAGCGUUCUUUCAAGUAUGCCUGGGUUCUUGACAAGCUCAAGGCUGAGCGUGAAAGGGGUAUCACCAUUGACAUUGCCCUGUGGAAGUUUGAGACUACCAAGUACUACUGCACUGUCAUUGAUGCCCCCGGCCACAGGGAUUUCAUUAAGAACAUGAUUACCGGUACCUCCCAGGCUGAUUGUGCUGUUCUCAUUAUUGAUUCCACUACUGGUGGUUUUGAAGCUGGAAUUUCCAAGGAUGGACAGACCCGUGAGCAUGCUCUACUUGCUUUCACUCUUGGUGUCAAGCAGAUGAUCUGCUGCUGUAACAAGAUGGAUGCCACUACACCCAAGUACUCGAAGGCUAGGUAUGAAGAAAUUGUGAAGGAGGUUUCUUCCUAUUUGAAGAAGGUUGGCUAUAAUCCUGACAAAGUUCCAUUUGUUCCCAUCUCUGGUUUUGAGGGAGACAACAUGAUUGAGCGCUCUACAAAUCUUGACUGGUACAAGGGUCCAACCCUUCUUGAGGCCCUUGACAAUAUCAACGAGCCUAAGAGGCCAUCAGACAAACCCCUCCGUUUACCCCUUCAGGAUGUCUACAAGAUUGGAGGAAUUGGAACUGUGCCUGUGGGACGUGUUGAGACUGGUGUCAUCAAACCUGGAAUGGUGGUGACUUUUGCUCCAACCGGACUUCAGACUGAGGUCAAGUCUGUGGAGAUGCACCAUGAAGCUCUCACCGAGGCUCUUCCCGGUGACAAUGUUGGAUUCAAUGUUAAGAAUGUUGCUGUUAAGGAUCUCAAGCGUGGUUUUGUUGCCUCAAACUCCAAGGACGACCCAGCCAAGGAGUCUGCUAACUUUACAUCUCAAGUGAUCAUCAUGAAUCACCCUGGUCAGAUUGGAAAUGGUUAUGCCCCUGUUCUUGACUGCCAUACCUCCCACAUUGCUGUGAAGUUUGCCGAGCUUCUUACCAAGAUUGACAGGCGUUCUGGUAAAGAGAUUGAAAAGGAGCCAAAAUUCCUGAAGAAUGGUGAUGCUGGUAUUAUCAAGAUGGUUCCCACCAAGCCCAUGGUGGUUGAGACAUUCUCCGAAUAUCCUCCACUUGGUCGUUUUGCUGUGAGAGACAUGCGUCAAACUGUGGCGGUUGGAGUCAUCAAGGCUGUGGAGAAGAAGGAUCCCAGUGGAGCCGUCAAGACUAAGUCAGCAUUGAAGAAGAAGUGAACCGUGCAGGAUGACUUAACCAGGGGAGUCUAUUUUCAUGAUUGCAAUAAUAAAUGGUUCCUGGUUCCUAGUAUUUUUAUUUCUGGUUUAGUUAAAUUGUUUUUUGGAUUAAGUGUGAAGACUGCGCCUUCAUCUCGCAGCUGUUGUUCCCAGAACUGGGUUCUAGAUCGACGGUGGCAGGGCUUUUUCAUUUUCAUGUUUAUGCUUUAACAGUUUGUGUCUCGCGUGAAGUAACACUUGGAUUUUAUAAGCAGCUAUGCUAUGCUUAUUUUGGUAUCAAAUAUAUGUUAUAUUUUUGUUUA